AAUAACACAUGUAUACAACCACACACACACUGGCAUAAAGUUUGAUUGCAUACAACAGGAUUUUAUCAGUGAAUUUUUUUUUUUAUUUAUUUAAAAGUGAUCACAAUCCAGUUUGCCAUUUGACCAGGAUUCUUUCAAGGACAUUUAAAAAUUUAUGAUCUUGAUUUUGCGUCAAUCCUAACCACAAGAUGCUGGUUGUACUUUAAGCUUGAAAAUAAAAAGUUUCUUAGCCGCAUGUUAUCUUAUAUGUAUACACAUUUGUUUUUUGUUAUUAUUCGAAAUCUUGAGAUCCGAUCUCCGUUCAUUGGAGAUCAAUAAGCCAUGAAUUUAACAACCAAUAGCGUUGAAGAAAUUGUCUCUUCAGACAUUUUAGUUAUAUUACUGUAUACGUGUUGCGUGUUGUUUUGCUUGAAGAAUUUUUGUGAAUACUAUCUCAUUGUAAAUGUGUCUAGGUGGAGCUAUCGAUCCAACGAGCCAACGAUCCUCAGCUAAUUUUUAAUUUCUUUUUUUAAUUUUAUUAUUAUUUUAUGAGCGCUAAUAAAACAUUCAAAGCUCGUCACAGUAUUUGAGCUAUAUUAAAAGCUCAGAUUUAAAAUAAAUUUAAUCACUAAUCUUGAUUAAGCUUAUGUGGUGGUUGAUGAGCCGCUUAUGGACUAGACAAUCAAAGUUAUUCGAGUCCUCCAUCAAGGGACAAAUAAAUAAUUGUCAAAUAAAAAUUACACAAUUGAAAAUAAUUCAUUCAUUUUGUGGUUGGCAUCAUCUUCGUGAUAGACAAGGACAACCCAAUAAUUUUGUCGUCGUUAUUUGGCGACGUCACUACAGCCGCAAGGCUGAAUUUUUCCCUCGUGAAAUUGCAAAAAAAAAGGCUUCAAAGUGUUCAACGCCGUGGAGAAGUUUCACCCUUACGGCUUCCGCAGAAGGUCAAAAUAAAUAAAGAAUAUAUUUUUUUUCCGAUUGUCAAGGCAUUUGUUUAACGUAUUGAUGUUUACUGUUAGGUUUCCCGCCGUGUUUUCACCAGCAACACUACACGUGGCUGCACUACAACCCACUGGAGCGGGAAAUUCCACCGGGGUGAGCUGGUGGUCAAUGAUGAACGGUGGCAGCAUCUACGAGGAAAGUCCGCCACCAACAUCAUCCCUCGUAUCAAUUCAACAUCAUCAACAAUCAACACCAACACCAGGCUCACAUCAACAAGCACCAACACCCACAUCACCAGGUGCACCAAGUUCAGCAGCAACAACAUCAGCACCAGCAGCAACAGCAUCAGCAAGUUCAACAUCACCAAGUGCAUCAUCAGUUGCAAGCAACAGUGCAGCAGGACCAUUACAUAUACCAGCAAAAAGACCAUCAGCAACACCAGUCGUAGCAUCAUCGUAUGCAGAUUUAGGCUGUGCAGAUACAACCGGUACAACUGCUGGUGUAAUUAGACAUUCACACUCAUCGUCUGCUGGCUCACAGGGUGGCUGGAGUUACAGCCCACAUCCUCAAGAUAAUAAUCAUUAUUCAUCAGCAGCAACGGCGGACUCUUUGAAUCAUCAUCAGGCCUACGGAGGUGCCAAUCCUCCGUCAUACUACAAUCUGGCGGACUCAGGUACUGGUUCGUCUCGGGAUAACCGAAGUAAAGCCGGGACAGCACUAAGUUUUUGGUCACCAGCAACUGCUGGUACUGGUACAUCUGCUGCUGCUGCCGCUGCUGUUGCUACGACUGAAUAUAAAUACAAUCCAGCAACUGCAGGAGGUAUAACAACGUCAACAGGCUCAUCAGCAACUGAUCCACCAGUUUCUUGUCAUCAAAGUUUUUCACAGAGCUGGUGUAAUCCAUAUCCUUACGCAAGUGCGAGGCAUCAUCAUUCAGUUGAAACAGCAGCACAUCAUCAUCCACAUUCUGGCUCAGGGGUUUCUUAUUUGACACCUUCUGCUGCUGACGAUCGAGGAAGAGUUGCUGCCAUGGUUGCUGCUGAAUCUGUUUUUCCUCAUGAUGGAUAUCCAAGAAGUUAUCCAGAACCCGUUACAUCAAGUCCAUACACAACUCCAGUGAUGUGGGGUUCCUCCCCAUCUUCCUUGUUUCCAGGCUCACUGGGAGUUGGUGUUGGAGUACCUGGAAUGUCAGUUGGUUGUGGUGGUGGUAAUCCUCUUGAAUGGACUGGUCAAGUUACAGUGAGAAAAAAAAGAAAACCAUAUUCAAAAUUUCAAACACUUGAAUUAGAAAAAGAAUUUCUAUUUAAUGCAUAUGUUUCAAAACAAAAACGUUGGGAAUUAGCAAGAAAUUUAAAUUUAACUGAACGUCAAGUUAAAAUAUGGUUUCAAAAUAGACGAAUGAAAAAUAAAAAAAAUAGUCAACGUCAAACACAACAAACAAAUAAUAAUAAUAAUAAUAAUACUAGUGCAAAUAAUGCAAAUCAUCAUGGUGCAACUGGUAAUCAUCAUCAUGGAAGUAAUCAUGGACCAUCAUCACAUCAUGUACAAGUUGGACAAACGCAUCAUGCAAAUGGUUCAACAAAACAUCAUCAGUGACCCGUAGCAUUUUCUGGGGUUGUUUAUAGCCACCAUCCACAUAAUACAACAAGUACCAUACAUAAUACAGCAACAACAACAACAACACAUGGUUUAAUUGCUGCUGCUGCUACUGCUGCUGCUGCUGUUGCUGCUACAAAUGGUCAAAGUCAUCAUACAAAUCAACAAUUAAUGACACCAAUAUCACAAACAAGCAGUGCUGGUAUACAUUUACACAAUACACAAGUUAAUCAUCAACUUGCUAAUAUAACAACUCAGCAUCAUACUGCAUUACUUCAUCAAAAUAAUCAUGGACUUGCAGUUUAAAAUUUUAAAUAAUAUAUAUAUUAAAAUAAUGCAUCUAAAUCAAAGCAUUAUUUAUUAUUAGUCGGCAAAUAUAUUAUUAUUAUUCAUCAGUUAUCUUUUCACUCAAAAAAAAAUAACGGUUUGUAGAUUGUUGAUGUAUACAUUUAGAUAAUAAUUUAAUAAUUAUCAAGUACAUUUAAAUGACGAUGAAAAUAUUAUUGUAAUAUAUAAAUAUGUUUUUAUUUUUUAUUUUAUUUUUUUUAUAUAUAAGGUAUUGAUCAGAAGAGAGAACAGACCAUUUAUAGAUAAUUUUUUUUUUUAUUCAAAAACACGAGUUUUGUGUUUUUCUGAAUCUCUUAUGAAUUGUCUAGUUAUUAUUAUUAUUAUUAUUAUUCAUUGUUUGGUAUUGAAAAUAAAUACCGGUGUUUUUUAUGUUAAUAUUUGUUCUACUUUGUUUUUUUUUUUUUUUUUCAUUUUUUCUCUGUUGAAAUAUUAUAUUUCUAUAAAGUGCAUUUGUAGUGUAUCAAGACGUCCAACUCGAUAGUAUUUCUCUGAAUUAAAAAUAACUAGGCAUUUAAUGAAGAAUAGUAUAAAAAUAUUUCGUGCGGUUAAUUAAUGUUUUGUUAUUUCUAUGACUAUUAGUUUUUUUUUUUUUUUAAUUGUUUUGUUUAUUAAUCAAGUUUUUGUGAUAAUCUUGAGUAGACGUGAUGUUUUUUUUUUGUUUUUCGAUGGAGGAAUCAUUUUUUAAAAUUGUCUUUGAGAGACCAAAAUAUGUUGUUGUGCUUGAUAGUACUCGGCUAAUGCGGUCAUUGGCCAUAACAUUCAAAGUCAGAUACCGUGACAGAUUUUAUGCUUCGAUGCUCUUGUUCUAAGGAGAGAGAGUUAUAUACCUUGCAAUAACAGAAUAUUUUAGAUACAAUUGAGAGAAAAAAGUUGAUAUUUUUUUUUUUUUUUUUAUGUUUUUGUUAUAGUUAUUAUUAGUAUUAUUAUUAUUAUUUUUAAAUUUGUAAACAGUCUAGGUAUCUUUUGUCUAGUAAUUUUUUCAACUAUAGUAUACGCUAUAGAUAUUAAUUGCAUAGGAAAGAAUGAAAUGAAAAAUUUAUGAGAAUGAAAUUUAAAGAUUGUAGUCUAACUCUCGUUUCAACCGUACUCUUAUCGAUAAAUAAAUGUGUUGAUUAGUAAAAAAAAAGCACAGAAAUAAAAUGCAUAUAUAAAUUUAAUAUUUAAAAAAAAAUCUAGCAAGUUUCAACAAAUGUAGUCAAGUAUAUUUAUGUUUUCGGUAUAUUGAGAAAAUUAAAAAUAAUAAAAAUACAUCAAAAAAUAAAACUAUACGCGAAGUAUUAUAAAAAAAAAAUCUCAAAAAACGUGGUUAAAAAAUAAAAUUAAUUGGUUAUCUAAAUAAUUGUACUUAAUUGAUAAUCUGUAUUUCAAAAAUUAAAGAAAAUUAAGUUAACAAAAUAAUAUAUUACAUGAUAGAUGUCAAAGAAAAAAAUUUAUUACAUUUUUGUAGCUUUUUUUAGUAACCCAAUUGAUCGAAGAAAAUAAUUUUUUUUAUGUUUUAUUAUUUUGUUCAUAUAAAUAUUUAAAAAAAAGAAAAAACUUCAAGCACAAUGUCCAGCCCUCGUUUCGAAUACAAUAGAGUCAAAAAAAAAAAAUCUUUUAAAUUAAAAACAAAGUAAUUUUGUGGAAAAAAAAAAGGAAAAGUAACGUCGUAUAAAAUUUUAUAAUUUAUCACAUUUAAAUAAACAAUUUAAAUAAUUAAUUGCACCUGCCAAAGCAAACGUAGAUGAGCUAAAUGAACGUUUGCUCAAAAGUAGAUAUAUACGUGAAGCAGAAUGAAGAGUAAAAAAUAAAUAAAUAUAAAAUUUAAAAAAAUCGAUUCAAGGCGCGGGUCAACAUGAGUCGAAAUAAAAUACCCCGAAGGACUUACUGUAUGUCCACAAGUGUGAUUGUUAUAUAGGUAUGUGUGUAAUUCGUAUUGUAUAUGAGUGUCGAGUGCUUAGCGAAUAAAAAAAAAAAACAAUUGUCAUAGUAUAAAUUUCUAAAGCUCUUGAGUAUCUGUAAAACGAACCUUUCAUACUUCAUGUGUGAAGUUUCUUUUGUUAUUUAAACUUCAAGUGACGACUGUAAAUCAUUCGAAUGAAAUUUGUCAUUGAAGCCGCGGGCUAUAGAAGUGGACUGAAGUGGAUUAAAGUGGAUGGAAGUGUAUGGAAGUGUAUGUACACAAAAAUAAAAUAAAUAAAGUUUAAGAAAAAAUAAACGACAUAAAAAAUUUAAAAAAAUAGUCACAUAAAACAAUAUAUCAUGGAGAAAUAAAAUAAAAAAAAAAAAAAUAUUUAUACCACUUGUGCAAGCCAGUCAUAUAUAUAUUAUUUUCAAUGAAGAAAAAAAAAAAAAAACAAAGUUGAAGAGUGAACAAACAAAACAUCGUGAAAUUGACAAAAAAAAAAGAAGUAAAUUAUAAUAAUAAAGUAAUUAUUAUUGGGGUAUUUGAAUCGAAAAUUAGUGAUAAUUAUUAUGUCAAGGACAAUGUUUAGCAAGAUUUUAAAAUUAUAAAGAUUAUUAUUAUUAUUAUUAUGAUUAUUAUUAAUUAUUAUAUUGUGAGUGUAACUUUAAUAUUAUGUUAUUGUUUUUAUUGUGUGUUGUUUCGUAUGUAUCUAUCAGACUAUACAAUUUAUUAUCGAUAUUAUGAAACGGUGAUAAAUGAAAAGAAUAUAGAUAAUGAAAAAUCUAUAAUAAUGAAAAAUAUUAUGAUUAAAAAAUACAUUUUACUAUCAUAAAGAAGUGAAUGAAAAAAAAAAAAAAUUAAUGAAGAAGUGUAUUGUCUUCAUUCGAUGAUAGUUAAUCUAGAUUUAAAUUUUGAUCUCCCACCUAUUGAACCUUUUCCCAAUUUUUAAAUCCUUGUUGUUUUUAGUAAUACUCUACAGUCUACACAGCUCUAUAUUUCGCAAAUAUACGGUUUUUUUUAUUGUUUUGUUCUUGAUAAUAAUCGUCUGGUUUUCAAUCGAAACCUUCUCGAAUUUUUCGAUAGUUUAUUCCCAUUUACAACAAGAAUUUAAUAUUCGCAUCGGCGCUUUUUUUUUUGAAGAAAAAAUUUGUCGAUUUAAAUUGUUUUUAUAUAACAGGAAAAUAGAUUUGUUUUUUUUUUUUAUUUUGCACAAGAAAUGUUGCUGUAAUAGUAUGCAAAAAUAUUUAUAGGUUUUAAUAAUUAUUAGUGAAGAUAAAUAUGUGAAGGUAAUAAACAUAGUAGUAAUUAAAAAUGGUAAUAAUAAUAGUGAUAAUAAUAAUGUUAUAAUUAAAAUUUAGUAUAGUUAGAUGCUACUUUGUAAAUAAUGAUUUGAAAAAAAAAAAAAAAUGGUAAAAAAAGAAAAACAUAACAAUAUGAUAUAAACUCCUGUAUCGAAGUGCAAUAAUGAAAUAAUAAUGUAUGUUUAAUUUGUGCCAAAGUAUAGCCUAUGCGCAAAUACUAAGCUCGAAGUCUCGUAAAAUCAAACUCGGUGAUAAAAAAAAAAAGAAAAAAGAAAAAAAAUUGACAGCAGUAAUCGUGUAAAACGAUAAUGCUGAAUUUUUUUUUUCUUUUUUAUUUUUUGUUGAAAAUAAAAACCAAUGCAUUGUGAAUUCAAGACAAUGAUUAGUCAAAUCACCGAAUUUAUCUUUUAAUUAUUCAUAUAUAUGCAUAAAAAUUUAAUUACUGGAAUGUCUUCAAGGUCAGUAAAUAAAUUUGAUAGCUCUGAAUAAUAAUAUUUUUUAAAAUUCAAAAUAAAUAUAAAUCAUAAAUUCUUUCCUGAAAAAAAAAAAAACUUUGUCGAAAGCUUUGUAUCAGAGUAAAC